AUCCAGGAAGUGCAAACUUGGUAGCUGGCUACUACGGGAGGGGGAGACUGUUGGAACUCAAACAAGCUGCAAGUUUUAACCAAAUUGCUUCUUGGAGCUAAAAAGACUUGUAACAGUUCUCAAAUUGUAGUCUUUUCGCAGAAAUGCUGUAAUGGACUCCGUUGACGCAGUGUUCCUGCCCGAUCGGGGCAGAGGUCCAGCGAGCAACCCUUUGCUGGACCAGCUACCCAGCUACCAGUCCCUGCUCUACCGCCGGAAGCCCUCCAAUGCUGCGGGCAGCACCAAGAGGAGGAACAGCAGCUUGCGCGAGCGGUUUGGGUCCCUGACCAACCGAUGGACGGCCGGUCGAGCGGACAACAAGCAGAAGACCGGCAUUCUCCAGAGGCCGGUCCGAGAGCAGCCGAAGAGCAUGGGGGACAAGCGAAUGGACCGAGACCUGCGUCUGGAGCAGGACCGGCGCCGGCACGGUUGGAGCCAAUGGCAGCGGAGCAUGCGGCGCUCCCUUCGGCGCCUGCGGGACGACGGCAUGGACUGGCUCCGCAGCCUGGAGCUGUGGCGUGGCGACAUCCACAUGAUUGAAGGCAUGUUUGGUACAGGCAUCCUGUCGUACUUCUCCUUCCUCCGCUUCUUGGUGCUGCUCAACUUCGUCAUGUUCCUGCUCAUGUUCGGCUUCGUCAUCUUCCCCAUCAUCGUGGCGCCCAGAGCCUCAGGAAACAUCACCUACCAUGGCCAUGGCAUGCAUCUUGUUGUAUUAAGUGAGUGCAGCGUUUACCCUGCUAAAUCCCGGCAAGGCCUGGUGGUUUUCCACGAGUACAUCACGGACCUGCUCUCAGGGACGGGCUUUCUGGAACAGACCUACCUCUUCUAUGGCUACUACCGAGUGGGGGGUAUCCAUUUCCCCAUGCACUCGUACAACCUCCCCCUGGCCUACCUGCUGGUUACUGUGGCCUACCUCCUGCUCAGCCUCGUCUGGAUUGUGAAAAGAUCUGCUGCAGGCUUCAAGCAGAACCUAAUCCAGGAUGAGGAUCGCUUCCAGAGCUUCUGCAACAAGAUCUUUGCCGGCUGGGAUUUCUGCAUCACCAAUGAGAACGCUGCCAGACUGAAGAGGAGCAGUUUGCUGUACGAACUCAGGACAGACCUGGAGGAGGAGCGCAUCAAGCAGAAGAUCGCUGACCGCACACGCAAGGACAAGUGCCGCAUCUUUGCGCUGCGCCUGGUGCUGAACGUGUUUGUGACCGCCGUGCUGGCCAGCUGCUUCUACUGCAUCUACAGAGCCACCAUGUUUUCCCAGCUGGCCCAGCAAAAGAAAGAACCGGUGAACUUCAUCGUGGACCUGAUCUUGGAGUACCUGCCCUCCAUCGUCAUCACCAUGGCCAACUUCAUGACGCCGCUGGUUUUCAGCCUCAUCAUCCAGUUUGAGGACUACUCCCCUGCCUUCGAGAUCCGCUUCACCCUCAUGAGGUGUGUGUUCAUGCGCCUGGCCAGCAUCGGGGUGCUGCUCUUCUCCCUCUGGGCUCAGAUCACUUCCUGUGAUGGCAAAGAGUGUUCCUCUUGCGGCUACAACCACAAACUCUACCCCUGUUGGGAGACACAUGUUGGACAGGAAAUGUACAAGCUCAUGAUCUUUGACUUCCUCAUCAUCGGAGCAGUCACUGUGUUCGUGGAAUUCCCUAGAAAGAUCAUCUUUAACCACUGUGAUUGUGGCCUGGCCAAGUGGUGGGGCCAGCAGGAGUUCGCCAUCCCCCAGAACGUGCUGGAGAUUGUCUACGGCCAGACCAUCUGCUGGAUCGGCACCUUCUACUGCCCCCUGCUGCCCGCCAUCAGCACCCUCAAGUACUUCAUCGUCUUCUACAUCAAGAAGGUGAGCCUGGUCAACAACUGUCGCCCCUCCACGCGUCCGUUCCGAGCCUCCAGCUCCAACUUCUUCUUCCUGGUGGUGCUGCUGAUCGGCCUGGCCCUGGCCUGUAUACCAGUGAUGGUCAGCAUGGCGCAGAUCCAAAGUUCCAAGGCCUGCGGACCGUUUAUCAGCUUCACCACAUCCUGGGCAGUGGUGCCAAAGACGGUAGAGACACUUCCUGGGGGCCUGAAGACCUUCCUCUACGCGCUGGCCUCCGAGCCCUUCGCCGUCUCUCUUUUUGUCGUCACAUGCCUGGCCAUGUUCUAUGUCAUCGCACUAGCUGGAGCUCAUAAGAAGGUCAUCAACCAGCUCAGGGAACAGCUUGCCAUGGAGGGCCGGGACAAGCGCUUCCUGAUCCAGAAGCUGUGCCAGGCCCAGAAGAGGGUGUCAGCCGCCCGCUCCUCAGCCGCCCGCUCCUCAUCCUCACACUCCUCAGUCUCGCCCAUGAGCCACGAACGCAGCCGCUACCACAGCACACCCAGCCGAGACGACUCCGCAGUGUUCUUGGUCCAGCCGGCGCCCGACUCGGCAACCCAGGUCUCAGCAAUGGCAAAGUGUUUUAUUUUGAUGUUCAUAAUCUAUUCACAUUAUGUGGCGUUAACGAUUUCAGCAGAUGACAUCGUUGUGGCAUGUGGGGGCUUUGUGAAGUCUGACGUAGAAAUAAAUUAUUCUCUCAUUGAGAUUAAGUUGUACACCAAACAAGGAUCUCUAAAGUACCAAACAGAUUGUGCUCCAAUCAAUGGCUACUUCAUGAUACCCCUCUAUGACAAGGGAGACUAUGUGUUGAAAAUUGAGCCACCGUUGGGUUGGAGCUUUGAGCCGACCAGUGUGGACCUCCAUGUGGACGGCGUGACGGACAUCUGCACCAAAGAGCAGGACAUCAACUUCAUCUUCACCGGCUUCUCCGUCUCAGGAACGGUCCUGAGUAAAGGCCAGCUGCUGGGUCCAGCUGGGGUGGAGGUGAGUCUGCAGAAGGAGGGAGCCGAUGGCAGUCUGCAGACAGUGCUCACACAGCCUGGAGGAAAGUACACAUUCUUUAAAGUGCUACCUGGAAACUAUGAGAUCACUGCAUCCCAUGAGUCUUGGACUUUGGAACAGAAGUCCACCUCAGUGCGAGUGUCCAACGCCAACGCUCCUGCUGCCGAGGCCUUGGUGGUGGUCGGCUACGACGUGUCGGGAGAGGUGCGCAGCGACGGCGAGCCCAUGAAGGGGGUCUCCUUCCUGCUCUUCUCAGCCACCGUGAAGAAAGAGGACGUGAGUGGCUGCAGCAUGGCUCCGGUGAACGGCGUGAUGCUGGACGACGACGCACUGGCCUUCCUGUGCAGCGCUCAGUCGGGGGAGGACGGAGCCUUCAGCUUCCCCUCGCUGGGCAGCGGUGCCUACAUCCUGGUGCCCUACUACAGGGGCGAGAGAAUCACGUUCGAUGUGGCCCCGUCCAGGAUGGACUUCAGGGUUGAGCACAACAGUCUGAAACUGGAGCCGAUCUUCCGGGUCAUGGGCUUCUCGGUGACGGGCCGCGUGCUGAACAGCCAGGAGGGCGAGGGCGUGCCCGACGCCACCGUCACCCUUAACAACCAGAUCAAAGUGUUGACCAAAGACGACGGUUCGUUCAGACUGGAGAACAUGACCACGGGGACCUACACCAUCCGCACACAGAAGGACCUCAUGUUCUUUGAGCCGAUCACGGUGAAGAUCGCCCCCAACACACCCCAGCUCCCCGACAUCAUCACUGCAGGUUUUAGUGUGUGUGGGCGCAUUGCUGUCUCUCGCCUCCCCGAGGGCAUGAAGCAGCAAGGUCGCUACAAGGUCACCCUCACCCCCAGCGGUCAAGACAAGGCUGCCGCCCGCACUACCGAGAGUGACCACAUGGGGGCGUUCUGCUUCCAGGCCAGACCAGGAGACUACAGUAUACAGGUGACUCUCCCCGAUGCGGAGGUGAGGGCUGGACUGGCCCUGCUGCCCGCGGCGCUGGACAUCUCCCUGGUGGACCGGCCGCUCAACGACCUGCUCUUCACCCAGUUCAUGGCCACUGUGACCGGCAAAGUGUCCUGCCUAGUGGCGUGUGAUGACCUGACGGUGACCCUGCAGCCCAUCAGCAGGCAGGGCGAGAAGCGCGUCGUGCAGCUGUCCGGCAGCAGCGAGACGCUCACCUUCUCCUUCGACGACGUCCUCCCCGGAAAAUACAAAGCGAGCGUGUCCCAGGAGGAGUGGUGCUGGAAGAACAAGUCUCUGGAGGUGGAGGUGCUGGACGCCGACGUCAUGGGCGUGGAGUUCAAACAGAACGGCUACAUCCUGCGUUGCUCCCUCUCCCACGCCAUCACGCUGGAGUUUUUCCAAGAUGUCACCGACAAGCCUGAGAAUGUUGGUGUUUACAAUCUCUCCAAGGGCAUCAACCGCUUUUGCCUUUCCAAACCAGGUGUCUAUAAAGUGACCCCUCGCUCCUGUCACCAGUUUGAGCAGGACUAUUACACCUAUGACACGUCUGCUCCCAGCAUUCUGACCCUCACAGCCAUCCGCCAUCACAUGACCGGCCUCAUCACCACAGACAAAAUGCUGGACGUGACGGUCACCCUCAAGUCGUCCAUCGAGAGCGAGCCGGCCCUGGUGCUUGGCCCCCUGCGCUCCCAGGAGGAGCAGCGUCAGGAGCAGCAGCUGCAGGAGAUCGCUCUGAGGCGGCAGGAGCGCGAGCGUCGCGGUGAGGACGAGAGCCCCGCCAUGCAGGAGAAGGCCGACGAGCUCACCGGACCCUUCCACUACGAGUUCUCCUACUGGGCCAGAUCUGGAGAGAAGAUCACAGUGACCCCGUCAUCCACAGAGCUUCUCUUCUACCCACCGGAAGUGGAGGCCACCAUCACUGGGGAGUCGUGUCCAGGCAGGACGGUGAACAUCGUGGGCCGGGCCGGUCUCUUCAUGGACGGCCGCGUGUCUCCGGAGCUGCAGGGCGUGGAGAUCUCCAUCAGCAAGAAGGGAGUAGCCGAGCCUGUCGUCACGGUGCUCACCGACGACAACGGGGCCUACAGUGUGGGCCCGCUGCACAGUGACCAGGAGUAUGACAUCAGCGCCAGUAAGGAGGGCUUCGUCCUGACCCCGGUGGAGGGCGCCGCGGGAGACUUCAAGGCCUUCGCCCUGGCAGGGGUCACCUUUGAGAUCAAGUCGGAGGAAGGUCUGCCCCUCCCUGGAGUCCUGCUCUCGCUCAGCGGCGGAAACUUCCGCUCCAACCUCCUCACACAGGAAUCGGGCCUCCUCACCUUCAACAACCUGAGCCCAGGUCAGUACUACUUCAAGCCCAUGAUGAAGGAGUUCCGCUUUGAGCCCGCCUCCCAGAUGAUCACCAUCGAGGAGGGACAGAACCUCCAGAUCACCAUCACCGGCUUCAAGACGGCCUACAGCUGCUAUGGCUCGGUUCAGUCCCUGAGCGGCGACGCGGAGCCGGGCGUGGCUGUGGAGGCGGUGGGCCAGGCCGAGUGCAGCCUCUACAGCGAGGACACGGUCACCGACGACGACGGACGCUUCAGACUGCGCGGCCUGCUGCCUGGAUGCAGGUACCUGAUCCGGCUCCGGGCCGAGGGCAACGAGCACAUCGAGCGAGCUCUUCCCCAGCACCGAUCCAUCGAGGUUGCCAGCAAUGACGUCGAGGGCGUCCACAUCAUUGCGUUCCGACAGAUCAACCAGUUUGACCUCAGCGGUAACAUCAUCACCCCUCCUGAACACCUGGCCUCUCUCUGGGUGAAGCUGUAUAAGAAUGACAAUCUGGACAACCCCGUCCAGAGCGUGUCGCUUGGACAGUCCUUCUUCUUCCACUUCACUCCGCUAAAGAGGGACGGAGAGAGCUACGUGUUGAUGCUGGACACCAGUCUGUCCCGCUCCCAGUUUGACUACACCCUCCCCCAGGUGUCCUUCACCUCCACCGGCUACCACAAGCACGUCACCCUCAACUUCAAACCCACGAGGAAAGUCCCUGACCAGGAUGUGGCUCAGGGAUCCUACAUUGCCCUUCCUCUGACGUUAUUAAUCCUGCUAGCAGCAUACAACCAUGAGAAGGUGAUCCCUCUGCUGCUGCUGCUGGCAAACCGUGUCCAGGGCGUGCGCUCCCUGAGCCAGACCAGCGGGGACAACCUGGCCAUAGACGAGGCCAAACGCCAAGCCAAGAGGCCCAAGACCCGCCGCACGUAAACAUCACAGCCCUCCAACCAUAUACCACCACUACCGCCACCCGCAACUGCCCAGAGACCCACAGCCCUCCCCCGCCAGCUUCACCAGCCCGCAGGCUGACCACAAGGACCCUCUUUCAGUCUCUAAAACCCUUCUAUUGACCACCCACAUGAAAGAGCCAAAGAAGGUGAAGACUGGUGUGUGUGUGUGUGUGUGUGUGUGUGUGUGUGUGUGUGUGUGUGUGUGUGUGUGUGUGUGUGUGUUUGUGUCCAUGCGUGUGAAUUCGCUGCUCUCGAGGUCAAGUGUGUUUUUCUAAGAUGCUUCUUUUUUUUUUUUUUUCAAACAAAACACCAAGUACAUGAAUUGAAAUAUAGACACUCUGGACAGUAGAUUGCCAUCAGCAAAGACUGAAAUCCACUCUCGGGUCUCUGGGGAACAUGCUCACUGUCCAUAACAUGGUCUUCAUACAUCCAACGGUUAUUCACAGAUGGCCUGUUGUGACCUGCAUCUUGUGGUUUUGCCAAUGGCUCGCCAUUCACACUGUUUAUUUUUUUAAGCCUAGUGGAAGUCGACCUGGGGGUCUAUAUAUAUAUAUAUAUAUAUAUAUAUGGUUCCUGAUAUUGUGGCAGGUGGUAUAAUGUGAACGUGUGAGUGUGUGUACGUGUGUGCUUGUCUGAAUUUCCAUGCAUGGCUGUGCAAGUGUUGCUCAGGAAGAAUUUGUGAUGAAAACUAAGAUCACAAAUAUAGGUCCACUUGAACACUCUAGACAUAGCUGUGGUCAAACAGUGUAGUGAUGGAUCGAUCAAUUGAGUAAUUUAUUAAUUUAUUAAUCCCUCUUUUUAGGACGUAAACUAUAAGCACUGAUGAAAUGAAUCAAGUUUUUGGUCUAAUUAAUGGUUCCCAUUACCCGAUAUCAUUAACUUAAAUGCUCUACAUUCACUCGCAAAUUCACGGGAAACACACAGGAAUUUAUGUAAAUUGGUUGUCUUUUUUCUUUCUUUCUUUUUUAUAAUACUAAUGAAGCUAAAAGCUGCUUCCACAGGCAGUUUAACUCCUAUCGAUUUGGUUGUUUAUUUCUUCCAAAGCUUUAAAGCACCCAGGCUGAACAGUGUGAUUAGCAGUGAACGAGUUUUGAUAAAGGUGAAUAAAAGACUUUUGGGAGAACUGAAA